AUGCCGUCAAUCGAACUGCAGCCUAUCCGCAACAUUACCACUGUUGAAGCAGGUCAACAAAUAUCUUAUGAACUGGUUGUUCAAUUGGGAAAUGGUACUGUGCCAAUUUCAAUUGAAAUCGAUGCUUUGCCAAUAUGUAAUCAUACACAAGUCCAAAUGGAUACAUUGGAAAUAGCUAGUGUUGGUUCUGCAGUAACACCUGUCGUAAUAAGCGAUUCGUCGAAAGCAAUCUUCCAUAGCGCGUUCUCAGGAGGACAAGCCGAUCGGAUUACAUUAGAUUUAGCUGUCAGUGUUAUUACGUUAAAUGAAACAAUUUGGACUGGCAUGCAUGGUCUGACAAUUUUCAAUACAGUUCGCCAAGAGGCACCACCUACAGUUACUCUCACGCUACAAAGCCUCAACGAUACAAAUUUGAACUAUAAUGCUGGGGAUAUUUUACUCUAUAAUUACACUGCUGUCAAUACCGGCAUAACACCCAUCUAUCAAUUUAAUAUUACUUAUUUUGGUUCCGAUGCUAUUACAACAGUGCCUAAUACCUUCAAUUAUUCCCUGACCACACAGCCUCAAAUGUGUACGCCCUAUCUUUAUUAUAUAUUUCAGGACACCAAACAGAUUUACGGUAACAUUGACAUCGUGGACAUAGGCUCUACUGUUUCUGGCUCAAUAUCAAUCUUACUAACGCCUUAUUUCGGCUAUUUCGGUAGCAUACAGCCCAAGGUAUACGUCAAAUACCUUACAAUAAAUGGUGAGCAAAUAUCAAGCAUGCUACUAUCUACAACAAUCAACACCACAAACACUUUGAACAUCACUGCUAACACUAAUACAACAGUGCUUACAUCUGGCGAAAACAUCACUAUCAAUGCUGAUAUUGCUCUUCCAAAAUCGUCUACUAAUAACUUAACCAUUUCAGUGAAUCUUCCUUUUCAAUUAGGAAAAGGAAUGCUAUCUGUGAAUAAUAUGACUGUAACAGAAACUGAUCAAAGCAUCAAUAUUUCAUCCAUAUUUCCAGUAAAAUUGAUACCAUCAAAUGUUUCCAAUCUUAACUGGCAAUCUAGUAUCAAUCUGCGCCUUGUUUCUAAUAGUAUACAGGUAGAAGAGAUUGUCAGUACUACUUUUAGAGUAGCUAUCGAUCUAUCAGUGUUAUCUAAUGCAAGUAUUGUUAAUAAUACCCGAUUUUACGCUGAUAUAAAAGUAAAGCCUGCUAUUGGUAUUUCGAAAUCCGUAACUACCAGCUUCAUAUACUAUAGUGAUCCAGAGCCUGAAAUCAAUGAAGCAACUCAAACCACCAGCAACAUUGAAAUAUCACCAUCGAUAAAUAAAAUUAAUCUUUUCUCGUCCGCGAUGUCAACUAACACUACGAACAGUGAAUCAACAGAUAUUUUAAAUACUGAUUCAUCUUCAUUAGAAAGUAACAGCGCUAUUUCUUCAGCUACAUCCAUUCUAAGUAACAUCAUUGCGUCUACAACUGAUGAUUCUUCUCUUGGGGCCACUAGCAUGACAACUUUUGCUACAACAAUUGUCGGUAGUUCUAUAAGUAAUAACGCAUUAACAGUAUCGAGUUUAAGUGAAUUAAGCGGACAAUUAUCCCAUCAAAUAUCAGCUAAACAAUCUUUCAAUACAGAAUCAACAGCGCAGAUAACCAGCAAUCUGAUUAAUUCAAUUAGUUUUACAAGUUUUUCUGCUCUUCUUUCUAGUUCUAUUAGUGAGCAAACUGCGCAGCUAUCGCUUUCAACUUCUUCGGCAACUACUGCAACAAGUAUGGUAUCAAAUUCUAUUGUAGCAUGGAAUCAAGUUCAAUCUCAAUUUUCCAUUUCUCCUUCAUUUACUAAUAAACUCAACCCAGACAGCACUACUUCAAUAUCUAUUGGAGCUUCAUCAAUCGAAUCUACGGUAUGGCCGCUCUAUAUCGUACAACCUGCGACAGAGGCACCGACACCGUCUGGAAUAGAAGUUGAUAUCUUUACGGAAAGUAAUAACUUUGGCAACAACUAUCUAGAAAUUGAUUUUGCAACCUUUACUGUUGGGAAUGAUUUUCAGCCCAAUGAUACUGUAUAUUUUAACUUCACAAUUUGCACCAAUAUAACGGAGCAUAAAAUGGCUAAAAACAUCUCGAUACAGUUGUUUGAUCCAAAACCUAAAUUGAAUCCAAAAAUCGGUGGUGGUAACACUAUUCAAGUUUCUAUUGAGGAUAUUUCUAAUAAGAAAUGUCAGUAUAAUUCCAGUGGUGAUUGUAAUAUAACUAUUGAUGUUGACAGUUACAUUGUCAACUCUAGCAUCUAUGUCACAGUUGAUAAUCUACCCGCUCACAAAAUGAUUACAGGUUGGAUUAGUAUGACAGUUUCUCCUAUCGUUAAUCCUAAUGAUACGCUGCAAUGUUCAUUGGAAAUAACUUACUCUGAUGUCGCUUCAAUUGCAUAUUUUGCUAAAACUAUAAGCAAUCCAAUAGACUAUACGGAAUCGCCAAUUAUUACUAUAAGCCCUGACACAUCAACUAAUAUUACCGACUUACAACAAGAAGUUGAAUUUAACCUUCAAAUCACAACUAUUCCUAUUCCAAGCAAUUACACUAUUGAAAUAUAUGCCUCAAGAGGUGAAGCAAUUUUGGAACUGGUUCAUGCACAAGUCGAUAGUGUUGGCAAUGCUGUCUAUAGUAAUUCAUGGAAUAAUUUAUUUACAUACCAUAAUAAUGAUCUAGAUGCAAUUGCAGCUAAGACAAAGGGUAUUUUAAAUUUUGGAAUGGCUUCAUCACCUAAGCAUGCAUCCAUGGAAGAUAGGAAUAUCAGCAUAUCUUUCACAGUCAAACUAGCAGCAAUCACUACUAAUUAUAACCAUAAUCAUUACUGGAUACAGUGUAAUGUUAUUGCGGGGCCUAAUGCGGUUCUAACUUCAAAAUCAGCAGUCUAUAUCGCGAUCCAUAAUUUGACAUCUUAUGCUCCAGAUUUGAAGUUUGAUAGCAGCCAUAACGCCACAGAACCAAUAGAACAAAUGCAAACUGUUGAUUACACAAUAAGGAUUCAACAUUCUACAGUAUCUAAUUGGAAGGCAAAUAACAUAACCAUGAAAUGGUUAAUUCCUCACUAUAUGGGAGGGAUUUCAUGUGCUAGCAAUGUUUCAACGUCACUUUAUCAAUCCGAAUUUUCAGUGCACACAUUCAAUUUGUGGUUAAGGAGUCUAGAAUUAAAAGAGAUAGUCGUAUUUAACGUCACCAUGAAGAAAAAGAUUAAUCAAGAUCCAGUUCAGAAUCUGAUUUUAAUUAUUAACAGCUACUACGAAAAUCCGAUCAACAACGAAAAAAUCUAUAUACCAAGAAUUGCAAUGUCGGUAUCUUUUAUACAUCAAGAGGAAAACACCCUAUUUACAAUUGCUAAUUCAUCUGCCGUACCUUCUGGAAAUUUACCAGAAUUUCAUUUUCGCGAUUAUUUAGUAUAUGAAAAUGGAUUUUUUGCUUGUACGCGAGAAAAUAUGAAAUUGGGAUGGAAAAAUCGUUGCAUUUAUUUUAAUGGCUCAAAAUUGAUAGAUUUGGAUCCAAUGAUUGGUAAUAUUGCUGGUCGUAGUAUGUCUACUUUAUUUGUUGUAUCAAGAAAUGGAAAAAUUUGUAUGAGAAAUAUCGAAAGCUAUUCAGCAUGGGGAUCAAUACCAGACCGGCAAAUCCAAAGCAGCUCCAAUUAUACUCCUGCUAUUAAUAUUUCAGAAGAAUUACCAGAAGUACCGACUUUACCACAUGUUCACAAUUUACCUGAUGGUAAACAACUAGGAGUAUCAGAGAAAGGAAUUAUGAUUCGAAAUUCAAGUUUUACUCCCUGGAAUGAAAGUGUUCAUAAAUUUGCAUGGCAAUGUAAUUGUACGAUGAACUGA